AACAUUCCUAAACGGCACCGUGAAAACUGCUCACGGACAUGAAGUCUCUAAUCCUUCAUAUCCAGGAUGUCUUUGUCAACAAUAAUGUGUUCUCUGCGUUAACAUCAAAUAAGUGAGAAUAAAGCAGAGAAGCAGUUCCAGAGACCACCCCACUGACUUGUCCAUCAAGGCCUCAGCCAGACAGCACUUCAGAUGAACUCCUCCUCAACACCUUCAAGGCUUUUGAACUACACCCCCUGCCUCCACUGUCCUAUGCUACCUCCGCCCCAACUCAACCACCUGCCCAAAACCACUAGGACCUGAAAGCUGAGUCUCUCUCAGGCCUGACCACAAAAUUACAGACCUGCUGUAUAUUAAAGGACCCGGCCCAUGCGUCCUCUCCUGGUCACCUCCCUCUCUAUGGGCCUUUAUAAGUCUCUCACACAGAGGGGGCACUACUUUCCAAAGAGGGACCGUGCUCAAGCAUCUGGAAAGCUCGCCGGUUUGCAAACGCACCUACUCAUCCAUAGCCGGGGAUCUUCUGUCUAAACGCUAACCAUGGACAACCAUUCGUACAACUUCCCCUCAGACUGCACCCCGCUCACCAACUGUAAGUCUGCCCGUAAGCCGGCUGGAUCCACCGUGGUGAACAUGGGCAACACUGGCAAGAAUGCUCCCCGGGACUAUCUAGUCUGGUCGCUGUGCAACACCUUGUACGUUAACUUCUGCUGCCUGGGAUUCAUGGCUCUCGUCUACUCCAUCAAGGCCAGGGACCAGAAGACUCAGGGCAACCUGCAGCUGGCCCAAGAGUGCUCAGACAAGGCUAAGUGGUACAACAUCCUGGCAGCCGGCUGGAACCUGCUGAUUCCACUUCUGGCCAUCGUCCUGCUCGUCCUCCUGCUCAUCCACCUGGGCACGUCCGAGGGCUCCUUUGACUUCUUCGGGGAGGACGGCUUCCAAAACUUCAUGAAACUGUUCAGUUGGUAAACGGAGGCAUAGGGAGAGAAAAAAACAAAACACACAAAGUCAACCCAUUCACACUAACCGGGAGAGGGUAUUUGAUAGGAUGCAGCAGAUGAGGGCUAACUGACAUAAUAGCUCUUAAGAAUUUUAGCCAGUCUGAGCCAAGCAAUAAUGGAAAUCUACAUGGAAAUCAGGACCUGCGCUGGGCUAAAAUCUGCUCAGCACUCAAAUGUCCUCUUUGUGGUGCACCAGUACUAAUGCUGGUAUUAAAAAUUACAGACUAAAACAGGACAUUCAACUACUAUCUGACAGUUACACAUACAAAAAAAAUGGAUAAAACAUAAUACUUUUGGACCAUUGAGCUAAAACUAAUGCUAAAAGUUUUUGUUCAGUCAAAGCAACACAACGGUAUAAUACUUGUGUGCCAACACCUCAUCAGAAUUUGUAAUGUGAGUGCUGUUGGAGAUUAGUAUUGGUGCAUCCCUCGUUGUAAUGUCAGUAUUAGAGGGAGUUCAGCUUACACAUGGCAGUCUCCCAGACGCGGUCAGUAGAAAGGUAAAGUUGAUCAAAGACUGAACAGCCUGAAAUGGCGACGAGGGGAACAAACAGACUGAAGAACGGCUGAGAGAUUAAGCAAGCAGCUCCUCUGGGUCCUUUUUGUUGUUAUUUAUUGUAUUUAUGUUGAGUAGAAAUUUUGAUGACAGCGGAAAUCAUAAGAACAGAGUACUGUGGAGCCAAAGUCUGAAUGUCACGAUAAUGAGAAGCCACUUGACAAAGGACGAUCAACCUUCACCUCCCAUUGAUAGUCACUUAUUUUUCUUCUUUCAGCAGUUUUUUUUCCUUCUUCUUACUAUUACAAAAUACAUCUGUUUAGUCAUUAUUUACAGUAUUUUAUUAGUAUUGUGUUGUGUUAAGUAUUCUAAUUUUACAUCCUGUUGUUGCUGACCUCUUGCGAGUGAGCUAAAUAAACCAGAUACUGUUAAGUCAGUAUUGCAUUGAAAAAAUAAAUAAGUCUUUAUUUUCUUUUUCA